UCUUCAGUCUGCUAGCACUACCUGGUCGUGGGUUCGAAUCCCGUCGGAGGGAGAGUGAGUUGAGAAAAGCUGUCCUUUCUGUUAUCAUGUUUUUCUUUACCAAUCUAAUUUUAUUCACAAUCUAUCAGAAUGGACAACGAAUCUUCAACCAGAAUGAUAGACUGCGGAAAUCACUAUUGGAGAUUCCUUGGACAGGCAAGCCUCGAUGGUUGAGGCAAACCAUGCAUAUUAUGCUGACUCAGGCUAAUCGAGACGUUCAAAUCAAACCGUAUGGAAUUUUCGUACUCAACUACAUGUCCUUCAAAGAUUUGAUGAAAUUCACCUUCUCAGUUGGAAACGUGUUAUAUAGAAGAAAACAGCUUACAACUCAAACUUGAUACCAGAUUUGGUGGAUGAAACUUGUAAUUUGGAAAUAAAUUGAGUUGGAAAUAUCGUUUA